UAUAUCGCAUAAACCGUAAAGCGGGGUUAUUGUUGGGGUAGCUAACCWUAAACAAAARCAGAAGUUAGCCUGCUGCUUUCUCCAUCACCAGUGUUGGAAUGGCAGCCUCCUCCUCAUCCUCCUCUGCCGGAGGGGUUAGUGGGAGCUCGGUGACUGGCUCUGGAUUCAGCGCGUCAGAACUCAUCCCCCCGCGUAAGGUCCUCUACACUUAUCCCAAAGGCGCCGGGGAGAUGAUGGAAGACGGCUCAGACAGAUUUCUGUGUGAGUCUGUGUUCAGCUACCAGGUGGCGUCAACACUGAAACAGGUGAAGCACGAUCAACAGGUAUCUAGAAUGGAGAAACUGGCCAGUUUGGUUGAAGAGCUAGAAGCAGAUGAGUGGCGUUACAAACCAAUCGAACAGCUUUUGGGAUUUACUCCGUCUUAAAGUCAAAUAAAGACGUGCUCAGUAGCCGCUAGCUGGUUACCACUGGAGGAACAUAUUGACUGCAGAACACUACUUUAUUUCCAACACAUUUUGUUUAUUGUCAUUUAUUGUGUCAUUCCCACAAGGAAGGAUGUUCCUGCCUGGUAUUGGCCAAUGUUUAGCUCUGGUCCAGGUCGUCGUUAGAGCACGUUCCUUCACUAACAGGAGGAACGAACACCCUGGACKAGAGCUAGCUAUUGUUGUGACCUAAAAAACCUUUAUCACAGCAAUGAAUUAUGAAUUGAGUAAUUAAUCAUGUCAUAGUGGGGAAAUUGAUGCAUUCAUGUUUUACUAGUGGUUUUUAAAUAAACAAAAUAAGAUGGAAUCCUCUUCCUAUGUAUUAAAAUGAAAACAUGACGUACUUGGAUUAUCAUUUAUUAAAUAUUUAAAUAAAGAAGUAUACAGA